CUGCAAGGACUGGACGCUUCUCCUCAUCUACCCCUCAUUAGCCCCCCCGAUACCAUCCGCGGUUUGCGCGCGCAUACAAUAAUAUAAGCUCUGUGGCUUACCCUUGAACUUGUACUUUUUUUCUGAAGUGGCUUGUAUAGCUGUUGCUUUUCGACUUGCUUUAUUGUUGCUAGAGUUCUGCGCUCACCAAAAAUGUCACCCUUAUGUCCGGUCGUCAAAGGCGUUGACAUCGUCGAUAUCCGUCAGAAUGACGUGAAGUUUUCCUUGGUAAAUGAUAUCCAGCGAGGUAUAGAUCCUCCGGCAGGAACUUGCCGUUCCAUGCCCACGAUGCUUCUGUACGAUGCUCAGGGGCUUAAGCUGUUCGAGGACAUUACGUACUUGGAGGAAUAUUAUCUCACAAACGCGGAGAUUGACGUUCUACGGACACAUGCGAAGAGGAUCGUUGAACGCAUCCCGGAUAGUGCGCAAUUACUGGAGCUAGGUAGUGGGUGCGUCUUCCUUCCGCUUGGAGCUUGUAUAGAGAUAGGGUGCAGAUACGGGAUUCUAACAUAUAGUAGCAAUCUGCGCAAGAUUGAGAUUCUUCUCCAGGAAUUCGAAGCGGCGAGCAAAAGAGUGGACUACUAUGCGUUGGAUCUCUCGCUCUCGGAGUUGGAGCGCACUUUCUCGGAAGUGUCCCUCGAUCAAUAUCAAUAUGUCGAGCUCCAUGGCCUCCAUGGCACGUACGACGACGCCCUUACCUGGCUGGAAAACCCCGCGAAUCGAAAGGUCCCAACGGUGAUCAUGUCAAUGGGUUCGUCAAUAGGAAAUUUCGAUCGUCCUGCAGCGGCCAAAUUCUUGUCGCAAUUUUCCAGGUUCCUGGGGCCGUCGGACUUGAUGGUGCUUGGGUUGGAUAGCUGCACCGACUCGGAUAAAGUGUACAAGGCAUACAAUGAUUCCAAGGGUAUUACGCGGCAGUUCUACGAGAACGGGUUGUCGCAUGCGAACGCUGUGCUUGGAUACGAAGCAUUUAAACUCGAUGAAUGGGACAUCGUGACGGAGUACGAUAAUGUCGAAGGGCGGCACCAGGCUUUUUACGCGCCAAAGCGGGACGUAACUAUAAACGGGGUAUUGCUCCAAAAAGGCGAGAAGCUGAUUUUCGAGGAGGCAUUCAAAUAUGCCCCCGAGCAGUGCGAUCAGCUUUGGCAUGAUGCGGGUUUAAUUGAGAACGCGGAGUUUGGCAAUGAGUCUGGGGAUUAUCUUAUCCACGUGCUCUCUUCGGCUACCCUCAACUUUCCAACGAGCCCGCCACAAUAUGCGGCGCAAUCUGUGCCGAGCUUUGAGGAGUUCCAGUCUCUGUGGACGGCAUGGGAUAUUGUCACCAAGGCCAUGGUUCCCAGAGAGGAACUUCUUUCGAAGCCAAUCAAACUGCGAAAUGCAUUGAUUUUCUACCUCGGCCACAUUCCUACUUUUCUCGAUGUUCAUUUGACCCGAGCGUUGGGCGAAAAGCCAACGCACCCCAAGUCAUAUCGACUCAUCUUCGAACGCGGAAUUGACCCCGAUGUGGAUGACCCUGAAAAAUGCCAUUCUCACAGCGAGAUUCCGGACGAAUGGCCUGCCCUUGGAGACAUCUUAGACUAUCAAGUGCGGGUUCGAAGUAGGGUGAGGUCCAUCUUCGAGAAGCAUAAUGUGGCUGAGAAUCGGGUGCUCGGCGAAGCACUCUGGAUUGGGUUUGAGCAUGAAGCCAUGCAUUUGGAAACGUUCCUUUACAUGCUUAUCCAGAGCGAAAGAACACUUUCGCCUCCAGCUGUUCCACAACCGGAUUUUGAGAAGCUAUUCCGCGAUGCCCGGCAAGAAGCAAGACCGAACGAGUGGUUCUCGAUCCCCGAGCAGACGCUUUUGGUUGGUCUAGACGAUGAUGGCCAUUCGGUUCCUCGUGACUCUUAUGGAUGGGAUAACGAAAAGCCCCAGAGAAAGGUAACAGUCAAAGCAUUCGAAGCACAAGCGCGACCCAUUACAAAUGGAGAGUACGCCAAGUAUCUACAGGCAAAUCAUCUGCCUCAGAAGCCAGAAUCUUGGGUCUUGGUCAAGUCUGAUCAGACGUACCCGACAUGCAAUGGUGUCAGUCAAAGCAGCAGUUACGCUACGAACGACUUUAUGGCACACUUUGCCGUUCGCACCGUGUUUGGCUCCGUCCCGCUCGAGCUCGCCCAGGACUGGCCGGUGAUUGCGUCGUACGAUGAAUUGGCAAAGUAUGCCAAGUGGGUGGACUGCAGGAUACCGACCUUUGAAGAGGCGAAGAGUAUAUACGCGCAUGCAGCUCGACUGAAGGAAACUAGUAACGGUCUUUCAAACGGUCAUAGUAAUACCAACGGAGUCAAUGGACACGGGCACAGCGAGACGAACCCCCUACGGCCUCACACCCCCGACCACCAACCGGUACAGCACCCUUCGCGCGAGUCUCUGCCGGUGUUUGUUGAGCUCGACAACUGUAACGUCGGCUUCAAACACUGGCACCCCACCCCAGUCAUCCAGAACGGCGACCGACUCGCCGGCCACGGAGAACUGGGAGGCGUCUGGGAGUGGACGAGCACGGAACUUGCACCCCACGACGGGUUCGAGGCCAUGCAAAUCUACCCCGGAUAUACAUCCGACUUCUUCGACGGAAAGCACAAUGUCAUCCUCGGAGGGUCAUGGGCGACGCAUCCACGGAUCGCCGGCCGCACUACCUUUGUAAACUGGUACCAGCGGAACUACCCCUACCCCUGGGCAGGAGCCCGGCUGGUGCGGGAUGUCUGAUUAAAACAUCUAGUAUAGAGUAGGUAUAGGUACUUGAUGCAAUAGCAAUUCCCAGUUCGCCACCGGAUCGACAGUAGAAUGUCCAUCACGCGGGGCUCUCGGAAGCGGGCA